GAGUAUGUAAGAAUAAACAGUAUUGAUGUAGUUGUUAAAGCUAGGUAAACCAUUAAACACGUGGAGUUGCAUAAAGUUAUUACCUGACGGAAGCUGACGACAAACAUCAGCGGCUGGUUCGUUGGCCAUGGCGGACCCAGAGACGCCUCGCUCGGGCAAGUCCUCGGGCAAGUCCAAGCGCUCCAGCUCUGGUAAGAGCAAAAAGGCCAAGAACCAGAGCAUCACGCCUGCUCCUGGGGAGAGCCUGCCUGAAGACAAGGAGACGCAGCCUGGAGAGGAGAUUCAAGAGGAAAGCAGCCAAAGAACGGCUGUGACCGUAGAAGAGGUGGACACGUACACCGUGGGCCUGAGGAAGCUGUUGAAAAACCGUGUGGCUCUGACUGGCAUGUCGAAGCUGCCUUGGUCAGAGGAGAACGAGAAAGCCCUGGAUAAGUUCAUCUUGGACAGCUCCAACAGGACCCUCGUGGUCUACCCAGACCCCUACGCUGGCCUCCGGGUGGAGUACACCAUGCCAUCUCAGGUGGUAGACCAGCUGGCCUUCUUCAUCCGCUCUGAUGGAGGUCUGAUCCUUGAGGAGACGUUUGAGAGCACGGUGCAGUUUGGUACGGUGCGGGGCAACGCCACCGAGAGCCUGCUGAGGAUGAUGAACGGAGUGCACGCCCCCCAGGUCACCCUCAGCACCGCCUGGCCCGAGAGCAUCAAGAACAACUACUCCGCCCACAUGCAUCGCUUCCUCACAAACCUCACAGACACCAGGUUCAAGCUGGUGGGCAACACAGUGCUUUAUAUCCCUAUGGAGGCCCUGCAGCGUAGCCCGGAGGUGGCCAGCAAGGACAAGGAGCUAGUGCAGAGACUGGAGAUGGUGAUGAUCCACUGGACCCGUCAGAUCAAGGAGGUGCUGAAUGCUCAGGAGACGGUGGAGACGGGGGACAGCUCUGGACCCCUGGAGGAGAUCUCCUUCUGGAGGAGUCGCUGUGCCGACCUCUCUGGGAUCAGCCAGCAGUUGCAGAAGCCCGGGGUCCGUCACGUCCAGACCACACUGCAGCUCUCCAAGUCCUCCUACGUACCCCCCUUCUGCAAGCUGGCCAAGCAGAUCCAGGAUGGCUCUCUCCAAGCCCAGUCCAACCUGUCCUUCCUGUCCCUGCUGAGGGAGCCAUGUGAGGAGAUGGCUCAGCUCAAGCCCAGAGAGGUGGUUCCCAAGCUGGCUCACAUCCUCAACCUCAUCCGCCUCAUCUGGGUCAACUCUGUCUACUACAACACCCGCGAGAGACUCACCGCUCUCUUCAGAAAGAUGAGUAAUGAGAUUAUCCGGCUGUGCUGCAGAGAUAUCUCCCUGGACAGGAUCUUUCAAGGCUAUGUGGUGUCCAGCAAGCAGACCCUCAACGACUGCAUUCAGUGCUGCCUGGCCUGGAAGGAGCUUUACCUGCACGCCUCACAGCUGCACCAUAAGUACUCUUCUAAAGGCUGGGUCCUGGACCAGACCAGCAUCUUUGCAUUGGUCGAUGCCUUUAUACAGAGGUGCAAAGACCUGCUGGAGGUGUGUGACUGCCAGCAGCAGUUUGCCAGGCGGGAGGAGGGCGAGCAGAUACCCCUGCCCUGCUUCGCCGGACGCCAGGGGGCGGAGGUGACCCGCAGCCUGCUGGAGAUGGAGUCCACGUUUGGACGCAGCCUGCUGAUCCUUCAACACGUCCGCAAGGGCAUCCUGGACGUAAAGAACACCUCCUGGCACGACGACUACAACAGGUUCCGUGCGGGAGUGAAGGACCUGGAGGUGAUGAUGCAGAACCUGAUCAGCACGGCGUUUGAGACGGUCAACACCGUGGAGGAGGGCGUUCAGCUGCUAGACGUCUUCCAGCACCUGUCUGCCCGCGAGGCCAUCAAAAGGACCAUAGACAGGAAGACGGUAGAUGUCUAUGGUCUUUUUAAUAAGGAACUCAACCUGGUCAACAAGGAGCUGAGUAAAAAGGUGUUCCACACCCCUGCCCACAUGCCCCUCCAUGCUGGACAGGCCCACUGGGCUAGAGCCCUGCGGCGACGCAUAGAGAGACCCAUGGAGGUGGUACAGUGUGCCCACUUCCUGCCCCACAUCGGCAGUGGAGAGGAGGUGCGUCUGGCGUACAGCCAGCUGGUCCAGACCCUGGAUGAGUUGGUCCGGAGGAUCUUCUCUGAGUGGAGUCAGUCUCUGGACCGACAGAGUCUCAAGAGGCUGAACCAGCCACUCAUGAUGCGCUGCAAGGAGAAACAGGGCAUGCUGGACAUCAACUUCGACAAGAACAUGCUGAAGAUGUUCAAUGAGAUCCACUACUGGGAGCGUCUGCUGUUCGAGAUCCCCCACUACGUCUCUGACGUCUACCAGAGGAGAGAGGAGCUCCGCAGCAUGAGGGAGAGUGUGCUGCUGGUGGUACGAGACUACAACCGGAUCAUGGCGUCGCUGUCUGCUGAAGAGCUGGGUUUGUUCCGGGAGCGCAUCCGUUUCCUGGACAAGAAGAUCCAGCCAGGUCUCUCCAAGCUCCUCUGGUCCUCUAAAGGAGCGUCCAGCUUCUUCAUCAAAGACUGCAGGCUGCACGCCAGCAAGAUCCAGCUCAUCGUGGAUGAGUACAAGGCAGCCAACCUGGCCAUCUCCCGUCAGUGUGGUCUGAUCAGUGAGCUGCUGCUUGUGCGUGUGGAUGGGAAGACAGUGUACAGGGACCUGGAGUUUGAGGGGGACCAGCAGGCCCACCAGCAAGCCCAGCUCCAGCGGCUCCACUCAGCACACCAGGACAUCGUAGCCAUCAUGUCCCGGGUCUACGAGACCUUCCGCACAGAUGGACCAGAGGUCCAGCAGCACUGGGUUGUGUACACGGAGAAGAUGGACGGCUUGGUGGAGGAGGCUCUCCGUCUCAACAUCAAGUGGUCCUUACAGGAGCUGUCCAAGGCCAUCAACGGAGACAGCAAGACUUCCCCCAACCCCCUCUUCAGGGUGCAGGUGGUACUACGCCAGGAGGGCCCCGGGGCCACCUCACAGGUGGAGUUCUCCCCCACUCUACAGAAACUGGCUCAGAUCGUGAACAACAUCAGUUGUCAGCUGAUCGGCACCAUCUCUGUGUUCAAACGCCUCCCGGACCUCCUCACACGCAGACACUCACAGAGGAGACCUGUACGCUGCAUCAUAGAACAAGAUGAGGAGAUCGGUAAGAUUCAGGCAGCGGUAGCAGCUGGAAUGACGGCCAACGCAGGCCACCUGCAGGCUUACCUGAAGACUUGGGACAAACACAGAGAGAUCUGGGAGAUCAACAAGGACCCCUUCAUCAGGAGAUACCAGCGUCUCAACCCCCCCGUGUCCUCCUUCGACGCCGACAUCGCCAGGUACACGGAGGUGGCCAACAACGUUCAGAAGGAGGAGACGGUGUUGAGUGUUCAGUUUGUGCUGCUGGACUGUGCUCCCCUGAAGUUCAGCCUGGUGCAGCACUGUAACGAGUGGCAGGGCAAGUUCACCCAGCUGCUCAGCCUCAUGGCCAGCACAAGGCUCAAAGAGCUGCACGUCUUUCUGCAGGAGAACGCUCUCAGGCUGAGCCAGCCCCCUCAGUCCCUGGUGGAACUGGGGGAGAGUCUGAAGCUCCUGGAGACACUACAAGGAGACCUUCAGAAGAUUGAGAGUCAGAUCCCUCCCAUCCACGAACAGUUUGCUAUCCUGGAGAAGUACGAGGUCACCGUGGACCAGGCUGUCCAUGAGAUGUUGGAGGCUCUGAACGGGGAGUGGGUGUGGUUCCAACAGGUGGUUAUAGACAGUGACAUCAUGCUGAAGAAACACAAGGACAAGUUCAAGGGCAGCCUCAUCUUCUCAGCAGAGGAGUUUAAGAAGAAAAUGCAGAUUACUGUCCAGACCUUCAGCAGCUCAGGUCCGUUUGGUAGUGGGGUGACGUGCGAGUUGGCUCUGGAGAAGGUAGCAGCGCUGAGAGGCCAGCUGGACACGCUGAAGGAGGAGGAGGGAACCAUACGCCACGGCCUGGGCAUCUUCAAGCUCGAGCAGCCGUGCUCUAAAGACGUACAGACCCUGGAGAAGGACCUAGACUACCUGCAGCAGGUGUGGGAGAUCACCCAGCAGUGGGAUGCCCACUGGGAUGAGUGGAAGGCGGGUCAGUUUGUCACUCUGCAGACAGAGAGCAUGGAGAACACCGCCCAGGCCAUGUUCAAGAAACUACACAAACUCAGCAGGGAACUCAAGGAUAAGCAGUGGGAGAUAGUGGACUUCUCUAAGAACAGGAUUGACCAGUUCAAGAGAACCAUCCCUCUCAUCUCUGACCUGAGGAACCCAGCCAUGAGGGACAGGCACUGGAAGCAGAUCUGCCACGAGGUUCAGCGGUCGUUUGACCACACCAGUCCAGAGUUCACCCUGGAGAGGAUUGUGGCCCUGGGUCUCGAGCAGCACGCUGACAAGAUCUCUGAGAUAUCCGGAGCCGCCAGCAAAGAGCUCUCCAUAGAACAGUCGCUGGAGGGCAUCGCCAUGACAUGGGAAGAGACUUCCCUGGAUAUCGCACCUUACAAAGACAAGGGCCACCACAGGCUGAGGGGUACAGAGGAAGUGUUCCAGACCCUGGAGGACAACCAGGUGACCCUCUCCACCAUGAAGGCGUCCAGGUUCGUCAGGGCCUUUGAGAAGGAAGUGGACCACUGGGAACGCUGCCUCUCUCUGGUGCUGGAGGUCACAGAGGUGGUCCUCACUGUCCAGAGGCAGUGGAUGUACCUGGAGAACAUCUUCCUGGGCGAGGACAUCCGUAAGCAGCUUCCAAGAGAGUCCACAGAGUUUGAUGACAUCAACAGCAGCUGGAAGACCAUCAUGGAUCGACUGAACAAGGACAACAACGCCCUGAGGGGAACACACCACCCAGGCCUGCCGGAGAAGCUGUCUGAGAUGAACAACAAGCUGGAGGAGAUCCAGAAGUCUCUGGACAUGUACCUGGAGACCAAGCGCCAAAUCUUCCCUCGCUUCUACUUCCUGUCCAACGACGACCUGCUAGAGAUCCUGGGCCAGUCCCGCCACCCCGAGGCUGUGCAGCCACACCUCAAGAAGUGCUUCGACAACAUCAAGAGCCUUCGCAUGGGAAAGGUAGGCAUACAGACAAGUGCUAAGUCUGAGGCCAGCGGGAUGUUCUCAGCGGAGGGAGAGUUUGUGGAGUUCAGUCACCCUGUGCUGCUGGAGGGCCCUGUGGAGGCCUGGCUGUGUGACGUGGAGAGGACCAUGCGCUGGACAUUGAAGGACUCUCUGAAGAACUGUCGCCUGGCCCUGAAGAAGAUGACUGGGAAGAGAGACAAAUGGGUCAAAGACUGGCCUGGACAGAUGCUGAUCACAGCCAGUCAGAUCCAGUGGACCGCUGACGUCACCAAGUCUCUGAUCACCGGCAAGGAGAGGGCCGACAAGUCUGCCCUCAAGUCCUUGAAGAAGAAACAGGUGUCCAUGCUGCACCGUUACUCUGACGCCAUCCGGGGGAACCUGUCUAAGAUCCUGCGGCUGAAGAUCGUUGCUCUGGUCACCGUGGAGGUGCAUGACCGCGACGUCAUCGACAAGCUGGCUAAGACGGGCUGCAACGACGUCAAUGCCUUCGACUGGCUCUGCCAGCUCCGCCUCUACUGGGAGAAGGAAGUGGAUGACUGUAUCAUCAGGCAGACCAACACACACUUCCAGUACAGCUAUGAGUACCUGGGUAACUCUGGACGACUGGUCAUCACCCCACUCACUGACAGGUGUUAUAUGACCCUGACCACAGCCCUCCACCUCCACGGGGGCUCUCCUAAAGGCCCAGCAGGGACAGGGAAGACUGAGACGGUCAAGGACCUGGGCAAGGCUAUGGGCAUGUACGUCAUCGUGGUCAACUGCUCCGAUGGAAUGGACUUCAAGUCCAUGGGACGUAUGUACUCCGGACUGGCUCAGACGGGUGCGUGGGGCUGUUUUGAUGAGUUUAACCGGAUCAACAUUGAGGUGUUGUCAGUGGUGGCUCAGCAGAUCCUGUCCAUUCUGUCUGCUCUGUCUGCUGGAGUCACCAGCUUCAUCUUCGAAGGACGAGAGAUCCGCCUGGUCUGGUCCUGUGGCAUCUUCAUCACCAUGAACCCUGGCUAUGCCGGUCGUACAGAGCUGCCUGACAACUUGAAGUCCAUGUUCAGGCCUAUCUCCAUGGUGGUACCAGACUCCACCCUCAUCGCUGAGAUCACCCUGUUCGGAGAGGGAUUCAACAACUGCAAGCUGCUGGCUAAGAAGGUAUUCACCCUGUACUCUCUGGCAGUGCAGCAGCUGUCGAAACAAGACCACUAUGACUUUGGCUUGCGUGCCCUGACCUCGCUGCUCCGCUACGCUGGCAAGAAGAGACGUGUCUGCUCCGACGUGGCCGACGAGGAGAUCCUGCUGAUGUCUAUGAAAGACAUGAACAUCGCGAAGCUGGCCUCCGUCGACCUGCCGCUGUUCAACGGAAUCAUCCAGGACCUCUUCCCCGCAGUGGAGACCCCUACUAUCGACUACGGAAAGCUGCGAGAGACGAUCGAGGCGGAGCUGCGGCAGGCCUGUCUGCAGGUGACCCCCUUCACCCUGACCAAGGUCAUCCAGCUGUACGAGACCAAGAACUCCAGACACUCCACCAUGAUCGUGGGCAAGACGGGCAGCGGCAAGACGGUCACCUGGAGGACCCUGCAGAGCACCCUGACGACCAUGCACCGCAAGGGAGAGCCCGGGUUCAACCUGGUCCGGGAGUGCCCUCUGAACCCCAAGGCGGUGAGCCUCGGGGAGCUGUAUGGUGAAUACGACCUGUCCACCAACGAAUGGACCGACGGGGUGCUCUCCUCCCUCAUGAGAGGGGCCUGCGCAGAUGAGAAGCCUGAUGAGAAGUGGAUCAUUUUUGACGGCCCGGUGGACACUCUGUGGAUCGAGAGCAUGAACUCUGUCAUGGACGACAACAAGGUUCUCACUCUCAUCAACGGAGAGAGAAUCUCCAUGCCAGAACAGGUGUCUCUGUUGUUUGAGUGUGAGGACCUGUCCCAGGCUUCCCCAGCCACGGUUUCUCGCUGUGGGAUGGUCUACAACGACUGCUCAGACCUGGGCUGGAAGCCCUACGUCCAGUCCUGGAUGGACAAACGACAGAAGGUUGAAGUGGACUACCUGAAGCGGUUGUUUGAUAGGUACACAGAGAAGACCAUAGCGUUCAGGAGGCGCAGCUGUAAGGAGCUGGUGGCCAUCACCGAUCUCAAUGGAGUCUCCUCCCUCUGCCGCCUCUACGACUCACUGGCCACACCCGACAACGGGGUGAACCCCUCUGACUCUGACCACUACGGUCGUAUGGUUGAGUUGUGGUUCAUCUUCAGUCUCAUCUGGUCCAUCUGUGCCUCGGUCGACGAGGGCGGUCGUAAGAUGAUCGACAACUUCCUCAGGGAGAUGGAGGGUACCUUCCCCAAUAAGGACACCAUCUAUGAGUACUAUGUGGACACGAAGAACAAGACCUGGGCCUCCUUUGAGGACAAGCUGCUCAAGGGCUGGCGCUACCCCGCCAAUGCUCCGUUCUACAAGAUCAUGGUUCCCACGGUGGACACGGUGCGUUACAACUUCCUGGUGCGUGCUCUGGUGACGGGGCAGUACCCGGUGUUGAUGACGGGUCCGGUGGGCACGGGGAAGACCUCGGUGGCACAGAGUGUUCUGCAGGGACUGGACUCCUCCAAGUGGGCGGUCCUCACUGUCAACAUGUCCUCGCAGACCACGUCCAACAACGUACAGGCCAUCAUUGAGAGUCGUGUGGAGAAGAGGACUAAAGGUGUAUAUGUGCCUGUGGGCGGUAAGCGCAUGCUGGCCUUCCUGGACGACCUGAACAUGCCGGCCAACGACGACUUUGGCUCCCAGCCUCCGCUGGAGCUGCUCCGCCUCUGGAUCGACUACGGCUUCUGGUACGACCGGCAGAAACAGACCCUCAAGUGUGUCAAGGACAUGUUCCUGCUGGCGUCUAUGGGUCCACCCGGUGGGGGGAGGACUCACAUCUCAGGCCGCCUGCAGAGCCGCUUCAACCUCAUCAACAUGACCUUCCCUACUGAGUCUCAGAUUAAGCGUAUCUAUGGUACUAUGAUCAACCAGAAGCUGCAGGAGUUUGAGGAGGAGGUGAAGCCUAUAGGUUCCGUCCUGACUCAGGCCACCUUGGAGCUCUACUACUCUUCCGUCGCCCGCUUCCUGCCCACGCCCGCCAAGAUACACUACCUCUUCAACCUCAGAGACAUCUCUAGGGUGUUCCAGGGUUUACUGCGAGCUCACAGAGACUUCCACGACACCAAGCAGAGCAUCACCAGACUGUGGAUACACGAGUGCUUCAGGGUGUUCUCAGACCGUCUGGUGGACCAGAGUGACACAGAGGCCUUCGUAGGGCUGCUGGCUGAGAAACUAGGCUCUCUGUUUGAACUCACCUACCACAGCAUCUGCCCCAACAAACAACCACCCAUAUUCGGGGACUUCCUGAAGGAGCAUCGUGUGUAUGAGGAUCUAGUGGACUUGAAGACGUUGAAGGGUUUCAUGGAGUCUCAGCUGGAGGACUACAACCUGACCCCUGGAGUGGUACCCAUGUCCCUGGUGCUGUUCAGGGACGCCGUAGAACACGUAACCCGUGUGGUGCGUGUGAUCAGCCAGCCCAGAGGGAACAUGCUGCUGGUGGGCAUCGGGGGCUCAGGCAGACAGAGCCUUUCCAAGAUGGCCGCCUCCAUCUGUGAGUACCUGGUCUUCCAGGUGGAAGUCACCAAGCAGUACCGCAAGCAGGAGUUCAGAGAGGACAUAAAGAAGUUGUAUCGUCUGACGGGUGUGGACAACAAGCCCACCGUGUUCCUGUUCAACGACACCCAGAUAGUAGACCAGUCUUUCCUGGAGGACAUCAACAACAUCCUCAGCUCUGGAGAGGUGCCCAACCUCUACAAACAGGAUGAGUUUGAAGAGGUGUCCAGUGCUCUGUCGGACUGGGCCAGGAAAGACAACAUCAUUGAGACUCCAGACUCCAUGUUCAACUACCUGAUAGAGAGAGUGAGGAACAACCUGCACAUCGUGCUCUGCAUGAGCCCUGUGGGAGACCCCUUCAGGAACUAUAUCCGUCAGUACCCAGCCCUGGUGAACUGUGCCACCAUCGACUGGUUCUCAGAGUGGCCCAGAGAUGCCCUGUUGGAGGUGGCUGAGAGAUACCUGGAUGGACUGGCCCUGGGCACCGUGGAGGGGAGGAUCCAGACCAAAGUGGCCAGUAUCUUUGUGACCAUGCACCAGUCUGUGGCCCAGUUCUCCCAGAGGAUGAAGCUGGAGCUGAAGAGACACAACUAUGUCACUCCUACCAACUACCUGGAGCUGGUGUCUGGAUACAAAAAGCUGCUGGCUGAGAAGCGCAGUGAGCUGGGGGAGCAGGUGUCCAAGCUGAGGAAUGGCCUGUUUAAGAUAGACGACACGCGCAGCAAGGUGGAGGCCAUGUCUGUGGAGCUGGAAGAGGCCAAGAAGAAGGUGGCUGACUUCCAGAAGCAGUGUGAGGAGUACUUGGUCAUCAUCGUCCAGCAGAAGAGAGAGGCCGAUGAACAGCAGAAGACUGUGAGUGCCCACAGUGAGAAGAUAGGAGCAGAAGAGAUCAAGUGUAGGGCCAUGGCUGAGAACGCCCAGAGAGACCUGGAUGAAGCCGUGCCUGCUCUGGAGGAGGCCAUGAAGGCGUUGGAGUCCCUGAAUAAGAAGGACAUGACAGAGAUCAAGUCGUACGGCCGUCCCCCGACCCUGGUGGAGACCGUCAUGCAGGCUGUUAUGAUCCUCAGAGGCAAUGAGCCCACCUGGGCAGAGGCCAAGAGACAGCUGGGCGAGGGCAACUUCAUCAAGCAGCUGGUCCACUUUGACAAGGACAACAUCUCAGACCGCGUACUGAAGAAGAUCGGCCAGUACUGCACCCAGCCAGACUUUCAUCCAGAGAUCAUAGGACGGGUCUCCCUGGCCGCCAAGUCUCUCUGUAUGUGGGUCAGAGCCAUGGAGGUGUAUGGUCGUAUCUUCAGGGUGGUGGAGCCUAAGAGAGCCAGGCUGAACGGGGCCAUGUCCCAGCUGGCAGAGAAACAGGCUUCCCUGGCAGAGGCCCAGGCGAAACUCAUUGAGGUAGGGGAGAAGCUGGACCUGUUGAAGAGGCAGUAUGAUGAGAAGCUGGCUCAGAAGGAGGAGUUGAGGAGGAAGUCAGAGGACAUGGAGGUCAAACUGGACCGGGCCGGGAAACUGGUGUCUGGACUGGCUGGAGAGAGAAUCCGCUGGGAGGAGACUGUGGUGGGUUUGGAGAUGAACAUGGGUUUUCUGGUAGGAGACUGUCUGCUGGCUGCAGCCUUCCUCUCCUACAUGGGGCCUUUCCUAUCCAACUACAGAGACCAGCUGGUCUCUAUCUGGAUGAAACAGGUGCGUGAGUUGGAGGUGCCGUGUUCUCCAGGUUUUAGUUUCGCUGUGUUCCUGUCCAAGCCCACGGCCGUAAGGGACUGGAACAUCCAGGGUCUGCCCUCCGAUGCCUUCUCCACUGAAAACGGCGUCAUUGUCACCCGCGGCAACCGAUGGCCGCUGAUGGUGGACCCACAAGGCCAAGCCCUGAAGUGGAUCAAAAAUAUGGAGAUGAAGAGGGGUCUGAAAGCGAUAGACCUUCAGAUGCCAGACUUCCUGCGUAUCUUGGAGAAUGCGGUCCAGUUUGGUUCUCCAGUUCUGCUGCAGAACGUCCAGGAGGAACUGGAUCCCUCGCUGGCCCCCAUCCUCAACAAGUCUCUCACACACGUCGGUGGAAGGCUCCUGAUGAAGUUAGGUGAUAAAGAGGUGGAGUACAGCCCAGAGUUCAGAUUCUACAUCACCACCAAGCUGUCCAACCCUCACUACACCCCCGAGAUCUCCACCAAGACCACCAUCGUCAAUUUUGCUGUCAAGGAGCAGGGCCUGGAGGCUCAGCUCCUGGGGAUCGUGGUGAGGAAGGAGCGUCCAGAGUUAGAGGAGCAGAAAGACUCUCUAGUCAUCAACAUCGCCUCUGGCAAGAGGAAACUACAGGAGCUGGAGGACGAGAUCCUCAGGCUGUUGAACGAGGCAACGGGUUCUCUCCUGGAUGAUGUUCAGCUGGUGAACACCCUGCAGACAUCUAAAGUGACGGCCACAGAGGUCUCAGAACAACUGGAGACCAGCGAACUGACUGAGAUCAAGAUCGACACGGCCAGAGAGGCGUACCGUCCUUGUGCCCAGCGGGCCUCUAUCCUGUUCUUUGUAUUAAACGAUAUGGGCCGUAUCGACCCCAUGUACCAGUUCAGUCUGGACGCCUACAUAGACCUGUUCAACCUCAGCAUAGAGAAGAGUCAGCGCUCACACAAACUGGACGAGAGGAUCGCCAACCUCAACGACUACCACACAUACGCUGUCUACAGGUACACGUGUCGUGGUCUGUUUGAGGUCCACAAGCUGCUCUUCAGUUUCCAGAUUUGUGCCAAGAUCCUUGAGGUGGCUGGUAAACUCAACAUGGACGAAUACAGCUUCUUCCUCAGGGGAGGAUUGGUUCUAGAUAAAGAGAGUCAGAUGGAGAACCCGUGUUCUAGCUGGCUGGCUGAGUCGAACUGGGACAACGUGACAGAGCUGGACAAGCUGGCUAACUUCCAUGGCCUCAUGGCCUCCUUCGAACAGUACCCCCGAGACUGGAACCUUUGGUACACGAGUGCCGGGCCCGAGACCGCACAGCUACCUGGUGAGUGGGAGAAUGGUUGUAAUGAGCUCCAGAGGAUGUUGAUCGUGCGCUCGCUGCGGCAGGACCGCGUCGCCUUCUGCGUUGCCGCCUUCAUCAUCAACAACCUGGGAUCACGUUUCGUGGAGCCGCCCGUACUCGACAUGAAGGCUGUGGUGGAGGACUCCACCACUAAGACUCCCCUGAUAUUCGUGUUGUCUCCGGGGGUGGACCCUACAGGAGCCCUGCUACAGCUGGCUGAGGCCUCAGGGAUGAGCAGGAAAUUCCAUGCCCUCUCCCUGGGCCAGGGUCAAGCCCCCAUUGCCACACGCAUGAUCAAAGAGGGAGUGAAGAGCGGUCACUGGGUGUUCCUGGCUAACUGCCACCUGUGUCUGUCCUGGAUGCCCCAGCUGGAUAAGUUAGUGGAACAGCUGCAGGUGGAGGAGCCCCAUCCUGACUUCAGACUGUGGCUCAGCUCCUCUCCUCACCCUGACUUCCCCAUCGCUAUCCUGCAGGCCGGCAUCAAGAUGACCACCGAACCGCCUCGGGGUGUGAAGUCCAAUAUGAAACGCCUGUACCAGCUGGUGACAGAGGGUCAGUUCACACGCUGUGCCCGGCCGGUGCUCUACAGGAAGCUGCUCUUCGCCCUCUGCUUCUUCCACAGCAUCCUCCUAGAGAGGAAGAAGUUCCUCCAGCUGGGCUGGAACAUUAUCUACGGCUUCAACGACUCUGACUUCGAGGUUAGUGAGAGUCUGAUGAGUCUGUAUUUAGAUGAGUACGAGGAGAUCCCCUGGGACGCCCUCAAGUACCUGAUCGCCGGGGUCAACUACGGCGGUCACGUGACUGACGACUUUGACAGACGCCUGCUCACCACGUACAUCAACGACUACUUCUGUGAGGCCGCCGUCGCCGCGCCAUUCUUCAAACUCUCCUCUCUCUCUACCUACUACAUCCCCCGGGACGGGCCCCAGUCCUCCUACAGGGAGUACAUCAGCCUCCUCCCAGCCACGGAGCACCCCGAGGUGUUCGGCCAGCACCCCAACGCCGACAUCGCCUCCCAGAUUGCUGAGACCAGGACCCUGUUUGACACCCUGCUCUCCCUGCAGCCCCAGGUCACUAGUGGAGCUACUGCCGGAGCAGCUGCCGGGCCCACCAGAGAGAAUAAGGUAUUGGAGUUAGCAGCAGACGUGCUGCAGAAGAUCCCAGGCCUGAUAGACUAUGAAGGGACCAGAGUCCUGCUGGCUGACGACCCCUCACCUCUCAACGUGGUCCUACUGCAGGAGAUCCAGAGAUACAAUGCCCUGCUACACACCAUCAGGUCGUCUCUGAUAGAGCUGGAGAAGGGGAUCAAGGGUCUGGUGGUGAUGUCUAGCAGCCUGGAGGAAACAUUCCACUGCAUCUUCGAUGCCCGCGUCCCCCCACUUUGGGUUAAGGCCUACCCGUCUUUGAAGCCACUGGCAUCGUGGACCAGGGACCUGUGCCAGCGCGUGGAGCAGUUUGCCCGCUGGGCAGAGACGGCCCACCCCCCUACCCUCUUCUGGCUCUCUGGCUUCACCUUUCCCACUGGCUUCCUCACCGCUGUGUUACAGUCGUCCGCACGUCAGCACAGCGUGUCAGUGGACACUCUAUCCUGGGAGUUUAUUGUUGCGACAGUGGACGACAACAACCUCCUUUUCCCACCCAAGGACGGGGUGUUUAUCCGGGGGCUGUAUCUGGAAGGGGCUGGCUGGGACAAGAAGAACUCCUGUCUGGUGGAGGCUAAGCCAAUGCAGCUGGUCUGCCCCAUCCCCACCAUCCACUUCAAACCUGUUGAGAACCGCAAGAAGAUAGCCAAGAGUAUGUACUUGUGCCCAUGCUACUACUUCCCAGUGCGUUCGGGCGAUGGGGGAAGACCCUCCUUUGUGGUGGGGGUGGACCUGAAGUCUGGAGCUGUGCCUUUUGACCACUGGAUCAAGAGAGGAACCGCUCUGCUCAUGAGUCUAGACAACUAAGUGGCUACACACACACACACACACACACACACACACACACACACACACACACACACACACACACACACAGUAUACACAA